CUUCCAUCCUAGAAGAAAAAAAUUCACAGAAAGAAGAAAGGUCACAGGUGGCGCGCCAAAAGCAAAGUGAAAAUGAGUCGUGCAAAUGAACACAAGAAUUUACCAUGGGUGGAGAAGUAUCGACCCAACUCGCUAGACGACCUUAUCUCACAUACAGAAAUCAUCAACACCAUUCAGAAGUUCAUCAAGCAAGAUCGCCUGCCCCACCUACUCUUCUAUGGACCCCCAGGAACGGGGAAAACAUCCACCAUCUUGGCAGUUGCUAAGCAACUGUACGCUCCCAAGGAGUUCAACUCGAUGGUCUUGGAGCUCAAUGCGUCAGAUGACCGAGGUAUCGGCAUUGUCAGAGGUAGCAUCUUGAACUUUGCCAGCACCAGGACCAUCUUCAAAUCGGGCUUCAAGCUGGUCAUCUUGGAUGAAGCCGACGCCAUGACCAACGAUGCACAGAAUGCACUCAGGAGAGUCAUUGAGAAGUUCACAGAGAACACCCGGUUCUGCUUCAUCUGUAACUACCUGUCCAAGAUCAUCCCUGCCCUCCAGUCCAGGUGCACCCGCUUCCGAUUCGGUCCCCUUGACAACCAGCAGAUUGUACCCAGGCUGGAGUUUGUCGUCAGGGAAGAAAAUGUUGACAUGACGGAGGAUGGUAAGAAGGCUCUCAUCACGUUGGCCAAAGGAGACAUGAGAAGAGUCAUCAACAUCUUACAGAGCACAUCCAUGGCACAUGAGAAAGUAACGGAAGAGAAUGUUUACCUGUGUACCGGCCACCCUCUCAGGACAGACAUCGAGAACAUCGUCAACUGGAUGCUGAAUGAAGACUUUACUGCCGCUUUCAACCACAUCAACCAGCUGAAGACACUCAAAGGUCUCGCCCUUCUAGAUAUCCUGUUAGAAGUCCAUACUUAUGUACACAGAAUUGAAUUUCCACAGAAGGUUCGGAUAUACCUCUUGGACAAGAUGUCAGAUAUUGAGUACCGCCUGGCAGCAGGGACCAGCGAAAAGCUACAGCUUGGGUCUUUGGUAGCAGCCUUCCAGAGCGCACGAGAGAUGGUGGCUGCAUAGGCAGGACCGUACUUUUAAAAUAUAUUUAAAGUUAAGAAAGAAAAAGAAUUAAAGGAGAAUAGUCAAUAAUAUGGAAUAUUUUGUUCCUGGAAUAUCAUGGUUAGUCCUGGGUUUUAGAUUGCAGAAAAUGGGGCUUUUAAAGCCUGAGUAUGAAAACAAAAUUUAGUCAGAUAAUUUACCAGAGGUAAUAGAGUAAUGUGCAUGUAUAUCAAUGUUUUGAUACUAUAACUGAACCUCAACUUAUGGUAGGAAUUCAGUUAUUUAUUCAUAGGGGGAAAAGCCUGCACAAAAUAGGUGCUCUCAAUUAGCACACUCUUCAUUUACAAAAAUUUUUGGGGAAAUGGUUUGAUAAUGAUUCAUCUUAUCUCAUCAUUUUAGUAAAAUCUGCAUAAAAAAGUUGUUAAGACACUUUCCUCACUCUUUGUAUGACACUUGGAUUGCGAAGUGAGAAUUGUGUUCCAACGGAUUAUUGCAAAUACUUUACAGAGAUUAUUCCAAAUCAGUAUUAUGACUCUUUCUCAAGAUUUGUUUUCUUCCACUCUUUGACUUUAUUUUUAAAAUUCUCCCUAAUUAUGUGGCCCAGUCGAGUAAAUUCUGUUUCUUGUCUGAGCUUGCCUCCUUUUUCACCAUUUACUAUAAUAUACUACCAAACAUGAUGCAAAGAUUUCCCAAAAUAGUUGGUUUAAAUUUCAUGGUAGCCCUAUUGAAAAACAAAAAAGGAAAAUCAUAUCUUGAAGGAAUCCCUCCCUCUGUUUAACAAUUUAUUUGUCAUCUUGAUAUUCUUACUUUAUUAAUUAAAGGCCCACUGCACUACUUGUAGCUACUUGUGCCCUCUAUAUAACAAACAAUGCCUAAUCGGUGACCAUU